UUAGGUUCAGUGUUACAUGUGACCAUGUGCUUGUUGUGCUAUUAAAGAAGCUCUCCACCUGCCAACACAUACAGCUGAAGAGACACAGCUGAAGGUUUUGACAGAGAUUCCAGUUAAAAAGAUGUUGCGAGGAAGAGCUUGGAUCCUGGAUUGCAUCCUGCUUGUGCUGGUCACAUUAUGUGAUCAAGGAGUUCACUGCCAAGAUAAACACAAAGAUUCUACACAUCUGGAAGACCUGAGACUCGUUCUGGUUGGAAAAACUGGAUCAGGAAAGAGUUCUUCUGGAAACACCAUCCUUGGGCAAAGUGCCUUUAAGGAGGAAAUGUCUCCUGAGUCUGUGACUCAAGAAUGUCAAAUAGGGAAGGUAAAAGAUGGUGACGGUAACAUUGUUGUCAUCGACUCCCCGGGGCUGUUUGACACGAAGAAAACAACAGAAGAAGUGAAAGCAGAUAUUGAGGCGUGUGUUAAUCACUCAGUUCCUGGACCCCAUGCUUUUCUGUUAGUGAUCAGUCUGAAGUCAAGAUUCACAAAGGAGGAGAAGGCAUCUGUGAAGUGGAUCCAGGAUAAUUUUGGCCCAGAUGCAGACAGAUAUACCAUAGUCCUGUUUACACAUGCUGACUUGCUGGAGGAUAAAUCUUUGAAGAAGUAUGUAGCAGAAAGCGAACAUCUACAAACACUGAUAAACCAGUGUGGAGGAAGAUACCAUUCACUGAUCAAUGACCAGAGACCAAACAGAACGCAGGUCAGAAAACUUUUAGAGAAGAUAGAAGAAAUGGUGGUGUUCAAUGGAGGAAGUCACUACACCAAUGAGAUGUACCAGAAAGCCCAGAAGAAACUUGAGGAGGACAGGAGGGAGGAAGAGCGAAGAAGUAGGCAAGAGGAAGAGAGGAUCAAAAAGGAGGGAGAAAGGAUUGGUCGGUGUAAAAUGGCAGGUUUGGCUGCCCUGGGACUUUUUGGCGCAGGAGCGUAUCUUUCCUCAUAUGCUCUUCUGACAGCUGGUGCAGCACUUGGACUCACUGAAGGUUUUAAUUGCACUAUGAGUAUGUUUACUUAAUUAUCUAGCCUGUGACACAAAAAUCAGCAAGAAGCAAUACAUAAUGGCUAAACCUGAAACAAGUCAUUUCUGGUUCACAGGAGCCUCUACUACGAUGCCUGUUACCUAAAUCUUGAGUAAAUCAUAACUUUCUCUAUAUAUGUAUGUAUGGGCUAAAAACAUUUUUCAAUAAAGUCUGAAGCUCAGUUUA